AUGCCGCCUCCAUAUAAAAAGCCCAUUUCCGGUUUUGCGGCUGCCGCGAAGGUCAUUUUCGACUCUGCUCAGCGUGUUGGCGCAGUUCAGCCUCUGGAGCACAGUGCCAAGCAAUACGCACAGCAGCUCAAGAAGAUCCAGUCUCAUAGUAAGAAGCGAGGGGGCUCUCUGGGUGGUGUAUCCUACAAGGUGGAGGAGUUUUUGGCGGCACAGAGAGCACCUAUUCCUCAGCAAGCGCGUCCCGGACAACCGAAGGAGCGGACGAUCGCGAAGAGGGUGCCUCUAAUUGAGAUUCCUGUUAUCAUAGCAAAGGCCACUGCAGCGAGAACUCCUGCCACACAGAGAGAGAGAGGCCUGCCGCUCGAGCCGCCUCCGAGCCUGACCUCUUUGUUUGCCACAAAGACAGAGCUGCGCGAUGUAGCGGCGCCAGCGUCACCGUCACUGCCUCCCCCUACUGCGGCAGAGUCUACGGCGCCAGCUACACCUCCCGUCGAGGAGGUUUUUAUUACCGAAGACAAGCCCUUGUUUGAGGUGCGGCAGCAAGUAGUGCCACAGCCUUUACCUGAGGCCGUCAUUCAGCCAGCCGUUGUCUGUGCAAAGCUGCAGGACGCGUCAACACAUGCCCGCAAAGUCAAGCCGGUUAUUAGUAUUCCCAUUGCUUCGGUGAGCACCGCCACAGUGGAAGCGGCAGCAGAGGAAGCUGUUGGUAGUUCGGCGACAACAAAUUUUUCGGUGGAUGCAUGGGAGCAGCAGCGCGAGCGGGAGCUGCAACAGCUGCAGAAGAAACAGGAGGAAGAGGAGCUGCAGCGCCUCGCAGUCGUGCGAGAACAGGAGCAUGAAACCCUCGGGAAGGAAUGGGUGAAGCGCCGCACUUACAAAGUGUCGUUUGAGGCAGAGCGCACCGCGGUCACGGAGCUCUUAGGCGAGUUGUUCGUCGCAGGUUCUGCUAAUACUGCCCUCUCGAUAUUUCAGAAGAUGCUUGAUUUUGGCACGCGGGCCUCAGCGCUGCUGCCUGCUGCUCUUGCGUCUGUGGCCUACCGCAUUCGCACCGCGCCCCCCAGCGAGCGGCUCGACCUUAAGCGCGUUCUUCUCGAGGCGAUGGAGAAGGCGAAGCUUCCUGAUCAUGUGGUGCGAAAGGCACACUUGCUGGUGUCUGGCGGCACCGACUUCUUGGCAGCAUUCGGAGCUUUGACAGCAGAGGAGAAGCAGCACCUAGACAGCCGUAUCAUCCUGCGAGCAAUCCAGAUUCUCGCGUGGAAUGGGCGAUGGGAGGACGCGCUAGAGCUCGCCAAGCGAAGUCGCUCAAACUUUCGCAGCGGGAGCGAUGUGAUGGAUCUUGCUUUGCUGAGGGCGAGCCAGCUGCUGGAGGAGGGGCCCCGCAAAGAGCUUGUGACCUACGCGACUCAGAAUCUGACGGAGAGCGGUCGCCUGGGCGUGCAAGCCAAACUGCUUAUAGCGACCUCCGAACGUGGCACCUAUCGCCGUACAUUGCUGAAGCAGCUGACAGCGUCCUCGGAUGUGGACGAGAGCAUCUACGCAGAGCUUAUUCUGCGCUCGGACAAGAGCCAAACGGAGGCGCUCCUAGCUGAAAUCGCUGCCAGAGGACUGAACAAGGACGACCCUGUAGUGCUUGGCGCCGUCGCGAUGAAGGCGCUGAACAACGAGCUACCCGAGGAGGCCUUCAAGGAGAUCCAUCGACAAGUCGCCAAGAUAGGUCUCCAGGCAAUUCACAUACGCGUUGCGACGAUGACAGCCGCGCAACAUCCGACAGAGGAGGUGCUGCGGCAGGCGAGUGCGAUAGUGCAGAUGGCCGCACCAGUGGCUCGGGGCCGCGGCCUACGCAAGCUGUUGCCCAUUCUUUACGAACAGAACAUGCUUGAUGAGAUUGUCCACUUGGCCGACUCCACAAACGAGUCUGUGCCGCUGGCGAAGCUGAUGCCCCGUGCCGUGGCUUUCGUGAAUGAGGCACUUCUGAAGGUAGGCCGUAAGCCGCUUAGCGAUGUACGAGUCAGCGAUAUCGGUUUUUCGCGCUUGACGGGAGGCACAGCCGCUAACCUGCCCCGCAAGCUUGAUGACGGGCCGGCGGCGAGCGUGAUUGCCGACAUUGCCGGGCUAACGGAGAGGAUGCUCCUCUACGCAAAGGAGCGACAGUGGUCUGAAGCACUGGAGGUGGUGAAAGGACUUCCAACAGCCAUCAAGGCUGACGCGUCAGCGGUAACCCUGCUGUACAAUUGCGCCUUGAGCGCCGCUGUUGAACACCCGGAGAGGGUCAAAGAUGCUUAUGCGCUCAUGGGCAGUCGUAGGGUGAAGGUGAACGCAACGACGGUCAACACGGUGCUAAGUAGCCUGAGCAAAUCAUCCAUAUGGCGGGAGGCCCUCGAGUUCUUUAACGCCACACCUCUCGAGCAGCGAGACAACAACACGUAUCUCGUCUACUUUGCGCUGCUAGGAAAACACAAUUUGUGGAGGGAGGCAGCUGAGGCCUACGACAAGACGCGCAUGGCCAUUCCAAAACUCCCUGCUGCGAUGUUUUCUCUCAUCAUUGGUACAACAAGAGGGCACGACUGGCAGGCCACGUUGCGAAUUUUUCAGGACAUGUUGAAGUCAUAUGGUGCUGGUGUGAAGGACAGCGUCGUGACACAGGUGAUUCGCUGCCUGGAGGAGAACAGCAGGACGGCUGAGAUCGCAAAGCUUGAAAAGGAGUUGGCAAAGCGGAAGAAGAAGAAGAAGUAA